UAAGAAUUUUAUUUUCUUCUUCUUCUUCUCUAACUAGUCAGUCAGUCCCAUUUGAACAGAGAUGUCAAUCGCUCUACCCGCCGUCGCCGCCGCCGUUUUCACCGUAAACUUCUCCCUCCGCCCACCGCUUACACCUUGCGGCAAACAGUCUUCUCCCUUCAAAACGCAUCAUUCUUCUUUCCUCUCCGCUUUUACCAGACCUACUUCGCAAACUACUACACAAGCUUCACCUCCAUUCCGGAGAAAAUUGCUCUGCCCUCCGGUCGCCGGCAAGCACGUCAGAGAAGAUUAUCUCGUCAAGAAGUUAAGUGCAGAGGAGAUCCAAGAACUUGUUAAGGGAGAUCGAACUGUGCCACUCAUAAUUGAUUUUUAUUCAACUUGGUGCGGUCCUUGUAUUUUGAUGGCUCAAGAACUAGAAAUGCUUGCUGUUGAGUUUGAGAAGAAUGCUUUGAUAGUUAAGGUUGAUACAGACGACGAAUAUGAGUUUGCGCGUGACAUGCAGGUUCGAGGUUUGCCAACUUUGUAUGUCUUCAGUCCGGAUCCAAACAAAGAUGCAAUUCGCGCGGAAGGGCUUAUACCAAUACAGAUGAUACGUGACAUCGUCGAAAGCCAAAGGUGACAAGAGAACUAAAGGAAUGUCAUUCUUCAAACUUGUAUUAGGUAAGGGAUAGUUUUGAUUCUUUGAGAGUGAUUGAUAUUGCUAAAGAUUGUAGCUUUUGGCAAAUGUAUUGUUUGUGGAUUAGAAUAUAAUAUUAUCUGAUCAUCAUUUCUAGGGUAUAAAUUAAUUAUCU